AUGCUCUUGCUUUCUCUGUUUCACGUUGUGUUGGCUUCAAGCAAAAUUCUGGAAGGGUUUCAUAAACUUACUCCUUCGGGGUUUCGUCCUCUUACUCCGGAAAUGCAGGCAACCAUUGAUGCUACGGAUAAACCCAAGAAAAGGGGGAAGGGUUCUAAGAAAGGGGAGAAGAAAACUGCUGCUAAGAAAGGUCCUUCAGAUACUGCGAAAUCUUCACUUAAAAAGCGAAAGGCACCAACAUCGUCUUUUAUUGCUAUACCUAAACGAAGAAAACAACCUGCUCGCAAGAGAAAGUCUCCCACUCCAAGUGCAAAUGAAGGUUCAGACUUUGAGACUGAAUCAAAAAUUUGUAUUGAAGAAGACCAACCUAUUCACAAUGAAGAAGUAGAACAUAUUCGCAAAGAGGAGUCUCCUAUUCGCAACAAAGGAGAGACUACGAACCACGAGGUAAACCAAUCUUUCAAUGUAUCUUUUCCUUCUCCUCCUCCCUCACCUAAAACUACUUCAACACCCAUAACCAUUGCACCCUGUCCUCCACCCAUUUCUUCAUCACAACAAACCACUAUUUCACUUUCUACUCCGAUCUUCACUGAUUCUACAAUCCCACCCACUACUUCAGCCACUCCUCAGUUUCAAUUCACCUAUAGUCUGUUUCAGAUAAGGACUGAAAGUGAAGAUGAAUCCACUAUCACAAAAUGGAAGCUUAAUUCUCUUCAUGAGAAGAAUGACCAGCUGCUUCUUGCUUCAAAGGCUUCCUCUUCUGAAGCGUAUUCAAAUACAACGGUUGAAUCUUUAUUUGAGCGCAUCACAAAGGAACUUACAACCAAUAUUGUAAAGAUGAACAAGGUUGUGUAUGAUUAUGUUGAAGUCUACAAAACCAUGACCGAAAAAGUCAAUAAACGAAUUUCUGACACCACAACAUCUAUGGAAACAUACCAAACCACUCACAACUACUACACUGUUUCCACGAGCUCUGAUCCAAAACAAGGGGGAGAAGAUGUAUCAGGAAACGAAUCUCCUAAAUCCCCUGUAAAUACCAUUUUCAAGAAAGAACCUAAGGGCAAGGAGAAAAUAAUUGAUGAAGAGCCCAUAAUCGACAAUGAAGAAGACGAGGAGCCUAAUGAAGCCGAGCUUAAAAGAUGGAAGGAGGCUGAGGAGAAAGAAAAGGAUGAAUGGGAAGCUCAUGCGACACUUAAAAGCAAAAUGCUACUAUUUCCUGAGUGGACCCUGAAGCGAAUUCAACCUGACGCUGAGGAUUUGCCCAGCCAGUAUUGGUUAGAUCCGGUUGCAUCCUUCGAUCUUCAAAAUUCUCAAGACUCGCAACUGGAUCUUCUGAUCACUCCUAAAGAAUUCAGGUUUCGGGCUUUCGUGAAGGUUGCGGGUGCUCUUAAUACAGACAGUGGUGCUAAUCACAUGAUGUUCUCCUUCUACUUAAAGCACAUGAAGCCCCAAUAUGACACUUGGUUUGUGAACAAAAUUACUGUUGUGAAAGUGUAA